CCUUCCUCCUGGGCUAUGUGACCUUUCGAGGGUCCUGCCAGGCAUGCGGGGACUCCGUGUUGAUGGUCGGUGAGGAUGUCAACUCUGAGCUGGACCUCAACUCCGGCCUGGGCACGUUGUACUGGAGUGACCUCCAGGCCAUGUUUCUUCGGUUCCUUGGGGAGGGCCACCUGGAGGACACCAUCAGGGUGACCACCCUCCGGGAACGCGUGGCUGGCUCAACCAAGAUGGCCACUCUGGUCAAAGACAUCCUCGAUAUGUUCUCAAGCCAGAAGCUGGACCACGUGUGGACUGACACUCACUAUGUGGGGCUUCAGUUCCCGGACCUGGCUCACCCUAACACCUUGCACUGGGUGGAUGCAGCCGGGAGCGCCCAGGAGCAGCUGCCGCUGGAGGAUCCGGAAGUCUACUGUCCCUACAGCGCCACUGGCAACGCCACGGGCAAGCUGGUGUACGCCCACUACGGGCGGCCGGAGGAUCUGCAGGAGCUGAGAGCCAAGGGCGUGGAGCUGGCCGGCAGCCUCCUGCUAGUGCGCGCGGGGAUUACCAGCUUCGCCCAGAAGGUAGCCAUUGCCCAGGACUUUGGGGUCCAAGGAGUACUGAUAUACCCCGACCCAGCAGACUUCUCCCAGGACCCUCACAAGCCAGGCCUGCCCAGCUACCAGGCUGUGUAUGGACAUGUGAGUGCACCUCGGGGAGACCCUUACACACCUGGCUUCCCUUCCUUCAAUCAAACCCAGUUCCCGCCGGUAGAGUCAUCAGGCCUUCCGAGCAUCCCUGCCCAGCCCAUCAGUGCCAACGUCGCAGUUCGCUUGCUCAGGAAACUCAAAGGCCCAGUGGCCCCCCAGGAGUGGAAAGGACACCUGUCAGGCUCUCCGUAUCGGCUGGGUCCUGGGCCAGCCCUGCGCCUUGUGGUCAACAACCGCAGAGCCUCGACUCCCAUCAGUAACAUCUUUGCCUGCAUUGAAGGCUUCGCAGAACCAGAUCACUACGUUGUUAUCGGGGCCCAGAGGGAUGCGUGGGGCCCAGGAGCAGCCAAAUCUGCGGUGGGGACUGCCAUCCUGCUGGAACUGGUUCAGACCUUUUCCUCCAUGGUCAGCAAUGGGUUCAGACCGCGAAGAAGUCUCUUGUUCAUCAGCUGGGACGGAGGUGACUUUGGCAACGUGGGAUCCAUGGAGUGGUUGGAGGGCUACCUCAGCGUGCUACACCUCAAAGCCGUGGUAUAUGUGAGCCUGGACAACUCAGUGUUGGGAGAUGGCACAUUUCACGCCAAGACCAGCCCCCUUCUGAUCAGCCUCAUUGAGAAUAUCCUGAAGCAGGUGGAUUCCCCUAACCACAGCGGACAGACGCUCUAUGAACAAGGGGUGUUGACCAAUCCCAACUGGGAUGCCGAAGUGAUUCGGCCCCUGCCCAUGGACAGCAGUGCAUACUCCUUCACGGCUUUUGCGGGGGUCCCAGCUGUGGAGUUCUCCUUCACGGAGGAUGAUCGGGUGUACCCAUUCCUGCACACGAAGGAGGACACGUAUGAGAAUCUGCACAAGAUGCUGCGAGGUCGCCUGCCCGCCGUGGCCCAGGCAGUGGCUCAGCUCACAGGCCUGCUCCUCAUCCGACUAAGCCACGAUCAUCUGCUGCCGCUCGACUUUGGCCGCUAUGGGGACGUGGUCCUCAGGCACAUUGGCAACCUCAACGAGUUCUCUGGAGACCUCAAGGCCCGCGGACUGACUCUGCAGUGGGUGUACUCCGCGAGGGGGGACUACAUCCGGGCGGCGGAGAAGCUGCGGAAGGAGAUUUACAGCUCCGAGCAGAGCGACGAGCGUCUGAUGCGCAUGUACAACGUGCGCAUCAUGAGGGUGGAAUUCUACCUCCUGUCCCAGUACGUGUCGCCGGCUGACUCCCCAUUCCGCCACAUCUUCCUGGGCCAAGGCGACCACACUUUGGGUGCCCUGCUAGACCACCUGCGCAUGCUGCGCUCCAACGCCUCCAAGGCCGUCUCUCCCGGGUUGGCAUCAGGUCUGGGCUUCCAGGAGAGCCGCUUCCGGCGCCAGCUGGCGCUGCUCACGUGGACGCUGCAGGGGGCAGCCAACGCGCUCAGCGGCGACGUGUGGAACAUUGACAAUAACUUUUGAGGCGCCCAGCCCUACCUGAGCCCCACGGCAUUCUCCCGUCUCCCUGUUGGAGUGGUGCAGGCGAAAGGAGGUGCCCCAUGCGCCUCUCAUUGCGACCUAUUCUCACGAACACCCCGGGUCCUGCAAUGUAGGUGAGCCUUGUUUUCUCAGUGUGACAUCCAUACUGAUCCGGAAAGCGGCUUUCUUCCCAUUACUGGUUCUUCCACCUUCAGGAGUGAAGUCUUCCCUGUCUAGAGACUACGUGGGCGCUGGGAUCCGGCCAGCCCUUUU